AAGAACCACUACCACCAUCACCACCAGUCUGCUCUCCACUGUCCUGCACCCUUUUCCUCUGCAGCUACUGAUCCCGCAGACAUGGAGCCUGAGGGGCCGACGCACCCGGCGCGCUCCCUUCCCUUGUAGCCGUGCGCUCCCGGUCCGUGACGCGUCCCGCUGCUCACCACAGAGGAGGAGGUGGUGGAGGAGGAGGACGCUGAUUUGUAUCCUGUGUCUUUCCGAGGCAUCGCUGUGCAGGAGACAGAGAAGGAGAGAAGGAGAAGGAGGGAGAGAGGGAGAGAGAGAGAGAGAGAGAGAGAGAGACGGAGGUGGGGGACAGCAGAGGACCCACACCGUCGUGACAGCAGAGGCCGUCUCAGGAUAUCGGGGCAAAGGGAGAGCGGCUCCUCGCGUCCUCCUCCUCCUCCUCCUCCAUCAUGGCGAGCGACUCUCCGGCGCGGAGCCUGGACGAGAUCGACCUCUCCGCUCUGAGGGGUCGCCAUGUUAAGACUGGGCAGCUGGCGGCCAUCAAGGUCAUGGAUGUCACCGGGGAUGAGGAAGAGGAGAUUAAAGCGGAAAUCAACAUGCUGAAGAAAUACAGCCACCAUCGGAACAUCGCCACCUACUAUGGAGCGUUCAUCAAGAAGAACCCUCCUGGCAUCGAUGACCAGCUUUGGCUGGUCAUGGAGUUCUGUGGAGCCGGAUCCGUGACGGACCUGAUCAAGAACACCAAGGGGAACUCUCUGAAGGAGGAGUGGACCGCCUACAUCUGCAGAGAGAUCCUCAGGGGUCUGACUCAUCUCCACCAUCACAAGGUCAUCCACCGAGACAUCAAGGGGCAGAACGUCCUGCUGACGGAGAACGCAGAGGUCAAACUGGUGGACUUUGGUGUUUCGGCCCAGCUGGACAGGACAGUGGGUCGGAGGAACACGUUUAUCGGGACCCCGUACUGGAUGGCGCCGGAGGUCAUCGCUUGCGACGAGAACCCUGAAGCCACGUACGACUUCAAGAGUGAUUUAUGGUCCCUGGGAAUCACGGCAAUGGAGAUGGCUGAGGGAGCACCACCGCUGUGCGACAUGCACCCGAUGAGAGCCCUCUUCCUCAUCCCACGCAACCCUGCGCCCAGACUCAAGUCCAAGAAGUGGUCAAAGAAGUUCCACUCGUUCAUAGAGAGCUGUCUGGUGAAGAGCCACGGCCAGAGACCGAGCACGGAGCAGCUGCUCAAGCACCCGUUCAUCAGGGACCUGCCCAACGAGCGGCAGGUCCGCAUCCAGCUGAAGGACCACAUCGACCGCACCAAGAAGAAGAGGGGAGAGAGGGAUGAGACCGAGUACGAGUACAGUGGCAGCGAAGAGGAGGAGGAAGAAAGAGACGUGGGUGAACCGAGCUCCAUCAUCAACACCCCCGGGGAGUCCACCCUGAGGCGGGACUUCCUGCGCCUCCAGCUGGCCAACAAGGAGCGCUCGGAGGCGCAGCGGCGGCAGCACCAGCAUCUGGAGCAGCAGCAGAACGAGGAGCACAAGCGCCUACUGUUGGCCGAGAGGCAGAAACGCAUCGAGGAGCAGAAGGAGCAGAGGCGGCGGGUGGAGGAGCAGCAGCAGCGAGAGCGCGAGCUGAGGAAACAGCACGAGAGGGAACAGAGGAGGCGCUACGAGGAAAUGGAGCAGCUCCGCAGAGAGGAGGAGAGGAGGCACGCGGAGAGAGAACAGGAGUACAAGCGUAAGCAGAUAGAGGAGCAGCGGCAGGCGGAGCGGCUGCAGAGGCAGCUCCAUCAGGAGCGAGCCUACUUGGUGUCUCUGCAGCAGCAGCAGCAGCAGCAGCAGCAGGAGGGAAGGCAAGCAGAGAAGAAACCGCUCUACCACUACAAAGAUGUCAUCAAUCCUGCAGACAAGCCUGCCUGGGCUAAAGAGAUCCCGAAGCAGCAGAAAGCUCAUGGUAACCCAUCCCAGUCGCACCUGCGACAUCACCAGUCAUUCAACCAACCAGGUUCCUCACCUGGCUCUCAAGGCCAACCCAGAUCCCAAGCCCCGAGGCGAACCCAGUCCAACCUCACCCCCCACGUUCCCUAUAUCCGUGUAUCAGCAGACGAAUCAGAACCCCUAGAUCCGGCGCUGAAGCAGGAGAUAAGUCAGCAGGUCAGAGAGCUGAGGGCUCAAAAAGUCGAUAAGAGGAGCUGCAGUCCAGGCAGCAACCAGAAACAGAACCAUGCUGCUGACAUUAACGGCCCUAGGAGGAGCAAUAAACUGCAAUCUAGUCCAGGGCCACUGAACCAGUCUCAUCCAGUGCCCAAUCCUAGAGAAAGGUCCAUCUCUGCACCCAGCAAGCCAGGCAUCCAGGUGCAAUUGUCUCCAGACCAGUACUUUAAGGCCGUUCACCUUCAUCCUCUGGCCCAAGGACAUGUUCAGAAACUCCAGUCUGGAUCAAAACAUGUUUCCAACAUUCCUGUCAGACCGGUGGAGGAGCGAUCUAAGCAGAACCGGCAGAGCUCCCCGGCGCUGCAGCACAAAGUGUCCAACCGCAUCUCCGACCCCUCCCUCCCCCCCCGCUCCGAGUCCUUCAGCAGCGGGGGCAUGCAGCCCGCCCGCACCCCACCCGUCCACCGCGCCGUCGAACCACAGAUGGCUCACCUGGUUCCAGUGAAGACCCACUCCAGCUCCAUGUCCGGUUCUCAGUCUCUGCAGGAACAGACGGGUUCUGUUCUGAGCGAGGGCGUCAGCGCGGGGUCCCCGAGGCCCGAGAUGCCCCGGCAGAACUCGGACCCGACCUCCGACACCCCGGGGCCACAGCUGCGCAUCGCCGGCCGGGAGGAGCGCGAUCGGGACCGAGACAGAGACCGAGACCGAGACCGGGAUCGAGAGCGGGACAGGACUGCGUGGCUGAGAGAGGAGGACAUGCCACCAAAGGUCCCCCAGAGAACCACUUCCAUCUCCCCAGCCCUGGUCAGGAAGAACUCCCCGAACGGAGGAGUGGGUCUGGGCCCUCGCACGGGUUCUCAGCUCAUACGGGCCAGUAACCCCGACCUGCGGCGCUCCGAGCUCUCCCUGGACGCCAUGCUGCAAAGAACCUCCUCCAACUCGUCGUCUUCCUCCUCCCCUUCAUCUCAGGGAGGCUCAGCCGAGAGGAGAGGUCAAACCAAGCAGGAAGGAUCCCCUCCAGGAGCCAAUCAGGAGGCCAAGGCCAAACAGGAGGAGGGCCGCGAAUCAGCCAGACCCAGCAGACCUGCAGACCUGAGUGCAUUGGCAAAGGAGCUCAGAGAGCUGAGGGUGGAGGAGGGCAGCAGACCUCCAGUCAAGGUGACGGACUACUCGUCUUCGAGUGAUGAGUCAGACAGCAGCGAUGACGACGGGGAGACGGUGGGACAUGAUGGGACGGUGGCUGUUAGUGACAUCCCCCGCAUCAUGCCACCGGCGAAGAGUAGUGGUGAGUCGUAUGGAGGGCUGACAGAGAGCUCUCUGGGAGAUGCCUAUAACAGCUCCAAGGACGGCACUCUAGUGAUGAGAGAGGCCGAGGAGAGGAGACGAGGAGGCCACACGGAGAGCAACGGGUUUGGGAAUCACGGUAACCUGCCUGACCUCGUCCAGCAGAGCAACUCUCCGUCGGCCACGCCCACCUCCGCCCUGCAGGAGCUGAGCGACAUGGCCGAGUUUGGUGUGGGCGGGUCCAAAUCUUCUUUCACCCCAUUCGUCGAUCCUCGUGUCUAUCAAACAUCCCCAAGCGACAAUGACGAUGAGAACUCAGCGACAGCCAUGUUUGAGAACGAGCUGAUGAGGCAGGAGCAGGCCCGACUAAACGAGGCCAGAAAGAUCUCCGUGGUCAACGUCAACCCCACAAACAUCCGGCCGCACAGCGACACGCCGGAGAUCCGCAAAUACAAGAAGCGCUUCACCUCUGAGAUCCUGUGUGCUGCGCUCUGGGGUGUGAACCUGCUGGUGGGCACAGAGAAUGGUCUGAUGCUGCUUGACCGCAGCGGGCAGGGCAAAGUCUAUAACCUCAUCACCAGGCGGCGCUUCCUGCAGAUGGAUGUGUUGGAAGGGCUCAACGUGCUGGUCACCAUAUCUGGGAAAAAGAACAAGUUGCGUGUCUACUACUUGUCCUGGCUGAGGAACCGAAUAUUACACAACGACCCUGAGGUAGAAAAGAAGCAGGGCUGGAUUACAGUCGGCGAGCUGGAGGGCUGUGUGCAUUACAAAGUUGUAAAAUAUGAGAGGAUAAAGUUCCUGGUGAUCGCUCUGAAGAACUCAGUGGAAAUCUACGCCUGGGCUCCUAAACCCUACCACAAGUUCAUGGCCUUCAAGUCAUUCACCGAGCUGCAGCACCGUCCCCAGCUUGUUGACCUGACGGUGGAGGAGGGCCAGAGGUUAAAGGUCAUCUAUGGCUCCAGCGUGGGCUUCCAUGUCAUCGACGUGGACUCGGGCAACCCUUACGACAUCUACAUCCCCUCACAUAUCCAGAGCCAGGUGACGCCCCAUGCCAUCGUGGUGCUGCCCAAAACCGAUGGAAUGGAGAUGCUGCUGUGUUACGAGGACGAGGGCGUGUACGUGAACACCUACGGUCGUAUCACCAAGGACGUGGUGCUUCAGUGGGGAGAGAUGCCUACCUCUGUUGCCUAUAUCCAUUCUAAUCAGAUCAUGGGCUGGGGGGAGAAAGCCAUAGAGAUCCGCUCCGUGGAGACGGGUCACCUGGACGGAGUCUUUAUGCACAAGAGGGCCCAGAGGCUCAAGUUCCUGUGUGAGCGGAAUGACAAGGUGUUCUUUGCAUCGGUGCGUUCGGGAGGCAGCAGCCAAGUCUUCUUCAUGACCCUCAACAGAAACUCCAUGAUGAACUGGUGAUGGCUCCUCCCACAUUCCACUCUUCCUCGCUCUCCCAUUGGCCAGCCAGACGACCCGCCCCCCCCCC